AUGCUGACGUGUAUAGCUCGUUCGAAGCGACCCGGCGAUGAAUCCUCUGGUCAACCCGACGAUCCGGACUCUAAACACGCCAAAUCUCUAACAUCUCAGCUUAAAGAUAUGGCACUGAAAGCUUCCGGUGCUUACCGGCAUUGUACACCGUGCACGGCGGCGCAAGGACAAAUUCCGAUCAGAAACAAUCCGUCGUUGUCUUCCUCGUCGGCGAAAUCGGAUUCCGAGUCGGAUCAACGGUUUAAGAUGCUGUACGGAAGAUCAAACAGUUCGAUCACAUCGUCGGCGACGGCGACGCAGCAGCCUAGGGUUUGGGGGAAAGAGAUGGAAGCGAGGCUUAAAGGUAUAUCGAGCGGCGAAGCGACACCGAAAUCGGCGAGUGGGAGAAACCGGGUCGACCCGAUUGUGUUUGUGGAGGAGAAAGAGCCGAAAGAAUGGGUAGCUCAGGUGGAGCCUGGAGUUCUGAUUACUUUCGUUUCUCUUCCCGGUGGUGGUAAUGAUCUGAAGCGGAUACGUUUCAGCCGAGAUUUGUUCAACAAAUUACAAGCUCAACGAUGGUGGGCAGAUAACUAUGACAAAGUAAUGGAACUUUACAAUGUUCAAAAACUAAGUCGCCAAGCUUUCCCGCUUCCCACGCCGCCUAGAUCCGAAGACGAGAAUGCAAAAAUGGAGUUCCAUCCAGAGGAUACUCCUGCAACACCGCCUUUAAACAAAGAAAGGUUGCCUCGUACUAUCCAUCGUCCAAUUGGAUUGACAGCUUACUCAUCCUCUGAUUCACUCGACCAUAACUCGGUGCAAAGCCAGCAGUUUUACGACUCUGGUCUACUCAACUCAACUCCUAAAAUUUCAAGCAUUAGCGGAGCCAAGACAGAAACUUCUUCCAUGGAUGCUUCCAUAAGAAGCAGCUCGUCUAGAGAUGCAGACAGGUCAGAGGAAAUGUCGAUAAGCAAUGCGAGUGAUGUUGAUAACGAAUGGGUAGAGCAAGAUGAGCCUGGAGUUUAUAUCACCAUUAAAGUUUUACCAGGUGGGAAAAGAGAGCUUAGAAGAGUCAGAUUCAGCCGAGAAAGAUUCGGGGAAAUGCACGCGAGACUGUGGUGGGAAGAGAACAGAGCAAGGAUACAUGAACAGUACUUGUGA